AUCCAUUCUUGAUUUGGUUUUUCCUUGUUUUUACCAAUCUUGUUUGGUUUUGAGAAAAGGGUCUGUCUUGGAUUUAGAUAUUGGUUUGAUAAAGGGGGCAUUUGUUUCAAGUUUGUUUUGGAUUUGUUUAUUAGCUAUGGUGUGAUAUAUGCUGAGGUGAAGGAUAAAGAUAUGAUUUUUAUGGCGUGAGCUAAUGUAGGAGUUUGGUUUUGAGUUUUGUUUAGAAUGAAUGAUUAAUUGGUUUUUGGUUAUUAUCAUGUGAUUUGUUUAAAGAUUUAAUUUUUGCAUUGUUUUGUCCACCAUUUUGAGUAUUGGAGCAACAAUGGUAGCUUAUAGGAUGUGUUAGUUGUUGUUACUUUGUUGAUAUAGAGAAUUGCAAUGGCUGAGAGGAAUGUACAUUUGAUGGGAUUUUUCGGUCGAAAAUCCUUGUUUAGUAUGUUCUCAAUUACUUCAAUCUUGUUCAUGUUAUCUUUGUUAUUUGUGAUGCGUUCAACUGGACAUCGUCACUUUUUUUACCUCAAUGUGUUACCUAAGUCCAAGGUUCUUGCUUUGUCUGAAGAGGGUUAUUCACAAUCUAGUAGUCAAAGUGAUUAUGAGGUCUCGAAUUCAAAUCGAGUGGUGUCUAACAAAGGAACAUUGGAAAAGUACAAUGUGUUAAAGUGUAAUCCUAGUAAACAAGUCCUUAAAGUUUUUAUGUAUGACUUGCCCCCGCAAUUUCAUUUUGAAUUGUUGGGAUGGAAGGCUGAGGGAAAGAGUGUCUGGCCAGAUAUUAGGAAACUGGUUCCUACUUAUCCAGGAGGAUUAAACGUGCAGCACAGUAUAGAGUAUUGGUUGACAUUGGAUCUUUUGUUGUCGGAAUUUGAUGACAAUUUGAAUGGUCGAAGUGCUAGUGCAAUAAGAGUGCAUAAUUCAAGUGAAGCUGAUGUGAUAUUUGUUCCUUUCUUUUCAUCGGUUUGCUAUAAUCGGUUUUCAAAGGUUAAGCAAAAGAAGAAAACAAGUCCAAACACCUUGCUGCAGCAAAAAUUGGUUGCCUUUUUGACAGCACAAGAGGAAUGGAAAAGAUCAGGGGGGAAAGACCAUAUAAUUCUUGCACACCAUCCAAAUAGCCUUUUGGAUGCAAGAAUGAAGUUGUGGCCUGCAAUGUUCAUACUUUCAGACUUUGGAAGGUAUCCUCCCACAGUAGCUAACGUCGAAAAAGAUGUGAUUGCACCUUACAAACAUGUAAUCAGGAACUAUGAGAAUGACACUUCUGAUUUUGAUAGUCGACCAACGUUGCUCUACUUCCAGGGAGCUAUAUACAGAAAAGAUGGUGGAUCUAUUCGACAAGAGUUAUUCUAUAUGCUGAAAGAUGAGAAAGAUGUUCAUUUCUCCUUUGGAAGUAUACUAAAAGGCGGAGUAAAACAAGCAACAGACGGUAUGCACUCUUCCAAAUUCUGUCUCAACAUUGCAGGUGACACUCCCUCAUCAAACCGUCUCUUUGAUGCUAUUGCAUCUCACUGUGUACCAGUCAUCAUUAGUGACGAAAUAGAGCUUCCCUACGAAGAUGUUCUUGACUAUUCAGAGUUCUGCAUAUUCGUCCGUUCAUCAGAUGCUAUCAAACCACAUUUCCUCAUAAACUUCAUCAGGAGCAUCACGAAACAAGAGUGGACUACAAUGUGGGAAAGGUUAAAAGAGAUCGAAAAUCUCUUUGAGUAUCGAUAUCCUUCCAAGGACAACGAUGCUGUUCAAAUGGUCUGGCAAGCUAUCGCUCGUAAGGUUCCUACUGUCAAUUUUAAGGUGCAUAAAUCAUCGAGAUAUUCUCGAUCACCUGUUUCGAAGGAAGGAGGGCUAAAAUCAUUUCCCUUGCCAAAGAAUAUUUUGUAAGCAACUUGAACAUUCAGUAGUUUUUUGAAUAUUUUGUCAACAUCAGAAAUUUUUCACAGUUUUGGAACAUAACCAAUGUUUUGCAAACAAUAGUUUAUAUAUACUAUAUAGUAUAACAUAGA